UCAAGGAAAAUCCCAGGUCUGGGCUGGCAAGCUUGUUGGCUCUGUACCGGGUCUCCAGGCGCCACAUUCAGAAGAACGGAAGGCGGGCCGGCGCUACGCGAGCGCGCUCAAGUUUGGCCGCCGCCGCUCGCCAUAGCCAGGUUUCCAACAUGGCGGCUCCCCAGGAUGUCCACGUCCGGAUCUGUAACCAGGAGAUUGUCAAAUUCGACCUGGAAGUGAAGGCGCUUAUCCAGGAUAUUCGAGAUUGUCCUGGACCCUUAAGCAAGCUCACUGAACUGAAUACUAAGGUGAAGGAAAAGUUUCAACAGCUACGACACAGGAUACAGGAGCUUGAGCAGGCAGCAAGGGAGCAAGACAAGGAGUCGGAGAAGCAGCUUCUACUUCAGGAGGUGGAGAACCACAAAAAGCAGAUGCUCAGCAACCAGACCUCAUGGCGGAAAGCCAAUCUCACCUGCAAAAUUGCCAUCGACAACCUGGAGAAAGCAGAACUUCUGCAGGGAGGAGACUCCUUAAGGCAAAGGAAAACUACCAAAGAGAGUUUGGCGCAGACAUCCAGCACCAUCACAGAGAGCCUCAUGGGGAUCAGCAGGAUGAUGUCGCAGCAGGUGCAGCAGAGUGAGGAGGCCAUGCAGACUCUAGUCAGCUCUUCACGGACUCUCCUAGAUGCAAAUGAAGAGUUUAAAUCCAUGUCGGGGACCAUCCAGCUGGGCCGGAAGCUCAUCACAAAAUACAACCGCCGUGAACUGACGGACAAACUUCUCAUCUUCCUUGCCCUGGCCCUGUUCCUUGCUACAGUGCUCUAUAUUUUGAAGAAGCGCCUCUUUCCAUUUUUGUAAGGGAGGGCUGGCAGCCAUGGUCCUUUAUACUCCUGGUUGCAGGUCGGGGCUCUCAAGGACUGGCCGCCUAACUGGGCUGCUCCUUCCCUGCGGUUUUCCCUUGUGCUAAGUACACCCAGCGGAGGAAGCCCAGCAGUUUCCAGUUUCCUGCAAGAAGCUGCUUGGAGGGCUGGAGAGAUGGCUCAGAGGUUAAGAGCAUUGCCUGCUCUUCCAAAGGUCCUGAGUUUAAUUUCCAGCAACCACAUGGUGGUUCACAACCAUCUGCAGGCAUACGCACAGACAGAAUAUUGUAUACAUAAUAAAUAAAUAAAUAAAUAAAUAAAUAAAUAAAUAAAUAAAUAUUUUUUUAAAAAAAGAAGCUGCUUGGAAAGGGCGAAUGGACUAGAGGAAAAGGAAGCCUUUGGGGCCGAGGCACUCCACGUUAAUCAGCUCCCAAGCAUGGUGGCUGCCACAGGGAGUAUCUCAACUCUGGGAUUUGAUGCACCUCCUCCCUCCGCGUCCUAAGGCCUAAAUGCUAGAUUUGGUGGAGAGAAGAAUGAGGAGCCUGUGGGAGGG